AUACAAGGAAAUAAAAUAAAAAUAAAAAAGGAAAAAAGAAUCAGAAAUCAGAGGAGGAAAAAGAGAAGACUUGUUACAGUGAGACACCAUUACCAUCUUUCUUUUUUCCCCCAAUUCCACCUUCUACCCCUUUUUUUUUUCCUUUGAAUGAAACCCUGUUUUGCAGAGUUGGAAUCUUUCGUUCUAAUCCCUAAUUUUAAUUCUGCUUCGGAUUUGUAUUGUUUCGGAGGAUUCAGCCUGUAAUAAAACGUGUGUAGUGCAGUAUCAAUUUUGAUUUUGGGGCUGCCGGAAUUGAGUGAUUGUUGGUGCGUGAGCUUUGCGAUUUCUGGGUUUGAUUCGUGAUUUGUGUUCUUCUUCUUCAGCCCAGGUUUUGUGGGUUGAUCUGAGGAAAAAAUGAUGGUGAGUUACAGUGGAAAAGAUGCUCAAUCCGUUGUCGAUCGUAACAACGUAUCUUCUGUAUCAGAUUCACGUUUCGAUCCGCCAGAAUAUUCUUUCAGUUCUGGGGCGGACAAGUACGCUUUGGAUUACGAGUUUUGGACUGAGGAGCCAGAUAGUGUCGACGAAAGACGUGACAAAUUUUUAAAAUGGAUGGGUUUGACUUCUAAUUGGCAUGAAGAGGAUGAAUCGUCUCGUGAAGAUUUGAAAAGGGACGAUGUUGAUCAACUGAGGGUUCUCGAAGAGGACCCGCUCGCAAAUUUUGAUUCAGAAGAAUCCGAAUUCUUCUCAACUUGUUCUUUCCAAUCUUUUCGGUCGUACGAGUCCACAAACUUUCUAGAAGAUUGCUCUAAAUUCGAUGAGAAUCUGAUGUGGAAAAUCAAGAAUCUCGACAACGGAACAGAGUACGAACUAGCCGAGGAGGGAUGUUGUACCAUGUUGCACGAAUUGGGUUCGAAUAAAAUGAUUUCACUCGACGAGUUUCACAAGACACUUGGCUCAUCCUCAUUGGUCCAGCACCUAUUGAGAAAAGACUGUAAAGGGUUCAACAUAGUAAAUCCAAAGAAGACAAAAACCAAUUGGCUCCACAGAUUUCCCCCCGUGUCCCAUAUUAUCGAUAGGACAAAGGGUUUGCUUCGUAAGACCGAAAUUUACCCCAAAACGGGGCCCACUAACCAAAGAAUUCGUGUCAACGUUUAUAAAAAACACACAAAAGAGCUUUCGUCGGUCUACACUGGGCAAGAGUUUCACGCGCACGAGGGUUCGAUUUUGACUAUGAAGUUCAGUCACGAUGGUCUUUACCUUGCUAGUGCGGGUGUGGAUGGUGUAGUGCGUGUGUGGAAGGUUCUAGAAGAAGAGGAUGUUGUAAAUAAACUUAAUAAGCAAGACGUUCUUGAUCCUUCGUCUGUGUACUUUUCUCUGAGUCAUUCUUCCAAGUUAACUCCGCUCGAGUUUGCCAAAGAGAAAGACGAUCAUAUGAAAUUCUUGAAGAAGUCUUCGGAAUCGUCUUGUGUAAUUCUUCCGCCAAAGGCUUUUCAGUUAUCGGAGAAACCUCUACACGAGUUUCACGGGCACAGUGGGGAGGUUUUGUCUCUCGCGUGGUCCAAGAAUGGGUACUUACUAUCUUCUUCGGUUGAUAAAACGGCUCGUUUGUGGAGAGUGGGAAACGAUGGUUGUCUAGGAGUUUAUCAACAUAAUAAUUAUGUAACUUGCGUUGAGUUCAAUCCCGUGAAUGAUAAUAAUUUCAUUAGUGGUUCGAUUGAUGGAAAGUUACGCAUUUGGGAAGUUGAGGGCGGUCGAGUCAUCGAUUGGAUUGAUAUCAGAGAAAUUGUCACUGCUGUGUGUUAUUGUCCUGACGGGAAGGGAGGUAUUGUUGGCUCCAUGGAUGGCAGUUGCCGUUUUUAUGAUAUCAUAGAUAAUCGUGUCGAAUUGGGCGCUUCAGUAUGCCUCAAAGGGAAGAAAAAAUCGCCCGGCAAUCGAAUAAUCGGAUUUCAGUAUUGCCCCAGUGACGUGAGCAAAGUAAUGGUCACUUGUGCCGAUUCUCAAGUUCAAAUUCUAUGCGGCACAAAUAUCCUCUGUAAAUUCAAAGGAAAUCGAGGUACGGUAAGCCAAGUGCCAGCUGCUUUCACAUCAGACGGGGAACACAUCAUUUCAGCCACCGACGAGUCAAACGUCCGUGUGUGGAAUUACGCUUCUACCCCUCCCGACCAAAAACCAUCCCGAUUAAAAAACGUAUUCUCGCGCGAAACAUUCUUCUCGCAGAAUUCCUCAAUCGCCAUUCCGUGGUGCGGAUUGAAGAACAAGCUAGGUUCACUACCAGCAAGUAUAUUAGGAAACUCACACUUCGACGAGAAAUUGCUCCAAAAAUUCCCAGACUGUUUAACAACCAGCCUCGGCUUUUUCUUGGACGCUCUAUACAGAGGAUCCGCCACUUGGCCAGAGGAGAGACUGCCACCUGUCAAACCCUCAGUGACCAAAUCCGAGUUCAAGUUUCUCAAGAAUUCUUGGCUCAGUGCUUUCAAUUCUCCCCAUUUAUGGGGGCUCGUGGUAGUUACUGCGGGGUGGGAUGGCUGCAUUCGAACGUUUCUCAAUUACGGUUUGCCGAUAAGAUUCUGAAAACGGGUUUUUUUUUCUUUUUUUCUCUUUUUCGCGUAUAUGCCACAGCUGUAGUAUAUAUAUAUAUAGAGAGAGCAAAACAGUGUUAUUACAUAAAUUAGUAGUUUGUAUACGAAAUUAACGCAGCCACGAGUGAGCCGAGUGGUUUUAAGGUAUUUUCUUAUUACCUACAUCUACUGGACUUUUGAUUUGUUAAAGCCAGAUCAAUAUACAAAUUCUUUGAUUUGUUACACACAAAAUGUAAUUUAAUUUACUUUUUUUUUC